GUUUUAAAAAAUAAAUAAAAAUGACAAAAGCAACAGAAACUGCAAGAUUUCUUGGUAUAAUUUUGUUAACAUAUUUUAUUUUCUUAUUUAACAUAAUUCCCCUUCCUCAAAUAAUACAAGAAGAAAUUUUACCAGUGUUUCCUUGGUGGGUACUUGUGUCAUUUGGAGCUUAUUCACUUGGAAAUAUCGGAUAUCAUGUUUAUAGAUUUAGAGAUUGUGAAGAUGCUUAUCACGAAUUAAUGGCGGAAAUUCAAAUAGCAAAAGACGAUUUAAAAACAAAAGGUGUCACAAUAGAUUAAAUUAAAAUUAAAAUCAUUUAUAAUUUCUUAAUAUAAUAAUUUUAGUACUUUAAUUUUUCUCCUAAUUAUUAAUGAUCAAACUUAAUAUAUUAAGUAAAGUAAAAUAUACUUUAAUAUAAAAAUAAAUAAAUAAAUAACAGUUUCAUUAUAUAUAUGUUUAUAUUUGGUACUAAUAAUAAUACAUUAAGAAAAAAAUUAAGUUAUCUACUUAU